AGCUUGCUCUGCCUGCUGCCGUCCGCCAUGUCCGCCCCGCGCCCGGGCCACGUCAGCCGCCGAGGGGAGCGGUGCGGGCGGCCGUCAGGCUCCGCCCCGAGCGCCCGCCCCACCCCGGGGCCUGGGGGCGGCCGUGCCCCUGCGCCCCGCUCCGCUCCGCUCCCCUCCCGGCCCGGCCCGGCCCGGCCCGCUUCCCCCGGCGCGGGGCGUGAAUGGCGGCCGGGCCCGCCCCGUGUCCCGGCUCCGGGCCCGCCCACGGCGGAGGGGAGCGGGAUCGCGGUCCCGGGGACGCGUCUCGGGGUCACCUCCGCCCCCGGAGCGCGCGGCUCUGGGCUGUCCCGGCGGCCCCGCUCCGCACCGCGCUCGCCACCGCAGCCCGGCUCCUCCCGCAGCACGCCCGGCCGCGCGGCGCUGGCUGCGGGGAGGGCCGCUCCUUCCCGCACGCUGUGCCCCACCUCGGCGUCCCCAGCGCGUUCACGCGGAGGAACGCAUUCCUCGGCGCUGAGAGGGCACAGCCGGGCCCGGGACUCCAACUCCCAGCGUGCCCCGCGGCGCCCUCACUCCAGCUCCCAGCGUGCCCCGCGCCGUGCCCGUGCUGGCGGUGCUGGGGGAGGUGGCGGCCCUGGCGGAGCGGUGUUCUCCCCCGUCGGGGCGCGUGGCGCCGCCCGCUCAGCGGAGGCCGCUCGGCGGCUCCCGGCGGAGCGGCGGUGCCGGCUUCAAGUCCCCGGUGAGCCGCUGCCCCGCCUCGUUUACCCUCGCGCUGCCCGCUGUGGUAGCCGCGUUCCCCCGGUGCCCUCAGCGGCUGCCGGACGCGCUCUGUCCCCGCAGGUCCCGACCCCGCCGCCCCGGCCGCCGGGCGGAGAAGCGCCGUGCGAUGACAUCGAAGCGCUGAAGGAGAAGGACCGAACUCUGGACCGGGAGAUCGCCCGGCUGCUGUCCGAAGGCUGCAGCGUGGAGGAAUUGGAGAAGCACAUCUCUCUGCUCCAUGAGUAUAAUGAAAUUAAAGAUGCUGGACAGAUGCUGCUGGGCAAACUGGCUGUUAUCCGAGGGGUUACCACGAAGCAGCUGUACCCUGAGUAUGACCUGGAGCUUAAUGACUAGCAUGGGACCCGCAGACGUGACUGCUGCAGGGCCGUUGUGUUUUGGUGUUGCACCUGUUAAGAGCCAGCAGAAGCAGAAGUAUGUCGAAUUUCAAGAGAGCAAGUUGAAAUUCAAGUGCAAUUCGAGAGCAAAGUGAAUUUCAAGUUAGCAGCCGCGUUUCUCAGAAGCUUUGGAAUGUGCAAGUUAUGGGUGAUACCAGCUCAUAUCGGCUCAUUCCUGCUUGUGGGAAAGGGAUGUUGGGGCUGUGGACUCGGCAUGCUUUCAGCUUGCUCUGCUACCUGAGAAACACUAUUUCUAAUUGUUAUUUUUUAGUUGGAAAGCUUGUCAUCCAAGGCUGAUGCUAAAGCUCUUCCCAGUGAGCCUUUGCUUCUCUGCAGCAUCCAGGAUCCGUCUGGGUGUGUAAACCUGCAGGUGGAGCAGCUGCUCUGAAUGGAUGGAGGAAGGAAGGGCGCACUGUGUGCGGUGUGACAGCUGCUUUGUCAGGAAAGCCAUCGGGAGAAGGGAGGACCGAAGGCUGCAGGUGUGAUGAUGGUUUGGUUUGGUUAUGAUUGGACCUGGAGGAGUUUGAGUGUUCAGCAUUUUUGUACUUAACUGCUGUAAUACCCAGAGGUUUUGUGUCGGUUCUGUAGCAAACAGAAAGUUGUGUUCAACUGUCUGACCCGAAUAAAGCAGCCAUUGCGUACCUCGGUAAUUCA